UAGCAACCAGUCAGCGUCUCUACAGUAACUGUGUGAGCCAGGAGACAGACCGCACCAUGGCAGAAGAAACAGCGAAAGGACCGAGACCCAAACGCAUAUAUAUUAAUCACGUUGAUUCAUUCGUUGCCAAAAACAUUGGCAAGUAUCUUUCUGGCUGUGUGGUAGGAGCCUCACUUGAGGAAGCUGGUGAGGAGCAAGAGGAAGUAGAUAACGUAUCAGUCCAAGAUGCAGACUUAUCGAAUAAACCAAAAGAAGGACUUUUCCAAAUCGUUGGUUCUCUUUCUGACCCCAAUUCAAAAAAACAGAAUUUCGCCAUGGAAACUUACACGAGAUCAAGCAGGGAUGAGCUAUUGAGUCACCUUCUUGAGUGUGAUAUAAUUAUUUACAACAUUACCGAGGAUGCUUCUCAGAUUGAUGAGGCUUCAUGGGCAGUGUCUGCACUUCACACUGAGUUGGAGCAAUUUCAGCACCCCAAAAUGUUCAUACUAAUUUCUACCAUUAUGACCUGGGCUCGAAGCAAAUCUCUUGAUCCGGAUGAUCCUGAACUUCCUUUUACCGAAGAUGAUUACCGAAGAAGAAAAUGUCACAUGAAUUUUAAAGAUCACCUCAGCGUUGAAAAGCUUGUGAUUAAGCUUGGAAAAUCUAACAAAGGAUUAUUCUCAACCUAUGUAAUUGCUUCAGCGAUUCCAUAUGGGGCAGAGGAAGGCAUCCUGCAUACAUUUUUCAAGGAAGCUUGGCUUGGAAAAACUCCUGAAUUAGCAAUCUUUGGAGAUGGAUCAAAUUAUAUCCCAUUAAUUCACAUCACUGAUUUGGCAAGUGUGUUACAAAACAUUGCAGACCAACGGCCAAGGACUCACUACUUGAUAGCGGUUGAUGAUGCAUUACACACCCUAGAAGAAAUUAUUAAGUGUAUCAGCGAGCACCUUGGACCAGGAAAAGUUCACAAGGUUCCCAAAGAAACUGCAUUCCUUCGAAAAGAUUUAAAACAAUUAGAAAUCGACCACUUGUUGGUGAAUUUGAGGAUGGAAGCGGUUUUUCUGAAGGAGAAUUUUAAUAUUACCUGGGUGGCUCAGACAGGAUUGUUGGAGAACAUUGCAUUGGUGAUCCAAGAGUUUAAGAGUACUCGAGGCCUUCUGCCUGUCAGAAUUUGUGUUCUUGGUCCACCAGCAGUCGGGAAAACAACGGUCUCCAAAUUAUUGUGCAAACAUUACAAACUGCAUCACAUCAAAAUAAAAGACGUAAUUACAGAAGCCAUUGAAAAACUGGAAAGACUUUCAAAGGCCCCAGAAGAGGAAGAAGAAGAAGAGGGUGAGGAGAGCUCUGAAAACUGGCAAGAAAUAUUAGAUGGAGUCAAAGAGAACAUGGAGCAAAAUGGAGGGCGUCUUGAUGAUAGCUACGUGAUCAAGUUUGUCAGGGACAAGCUGAAAUCGAUGCCAUGCCAGAACCAGGGCUACGUACUUGAUGGUUAUCCCAAAACUUACGAACAAGCAAAGGAGCUUUUCAGCUCGGAAGAAGGGGGAGAAGAGGAAAAAAGCAGGGGAAAAAUUCCAUACUUCGAUAAAACCAUCACUCCAGAUUAUGUUAUUUCUCUGGAUGCCUCUGAUGAGUUCCUUAAAAAUCGAGUAAUAAAUCUUCCAGAAAGCGUAGUAGCAGGAACACACUAUGCUCAUGAUCGUUUCCUUCAAGCUCUGCAUACGUUCCGUGAUUUGAACACAGAAGAUGAAACUGUUCUCAACUAUUUUGAUGAAGCCGAAAUCCAUCCACAGCACAUUGAUAUAUCUAAAGAUGAUGAUCCUGAGUACAGAGACGUGCUAAAGCAGAUUAUUAAAGCUGUAGGUGAAGCACGGAACUAUGGUCUUACAGCUGAGGAAAGGGCAGAAUUAGAACUGAAGGCAGCCCAGGAGGCCCUGGCUCACGAAGCAGAGAAGAAAGCUGAGUUGGAAAGAAGAGAAGCUGAGGAGACGGCGGAGAAGAAGGCACGCUGGGAGGAAUGGAACAAGCAGCAUGAGGAACUUAAACACCAAGAACAAGAAUUACUAGAAGCUCAGUCUGUACCUUUAAGAAAUUAUUUAAUGAAAAACGUCAUGCCCACCCUGAUUCAGGGAUUAAAUGAGUGCUGUAAAGUGAGACCUGAUGACCCUGUGGACUACCUGGCUGAAUAUAUCUUCAAAAACAAUCCAGAAUUGGAAUAAAGCACCUUUUUACCUUUUUGAAAAAAAUAAUUCAGAUUUAUAGUUAAUAUUUUGCUCAGUUAAAACAAAAGAAAUUGUAUAUUUAUCAUUUCUAAUAUUUCUAAUUUCAUGUUGUCAUCACAUUCAGAAAUAGUGUAAAUAUUUUCUUCCAAAUAAAAAUUGUGGGGAAAAGAA